AUGGUCUCGUUCAAAGAAGCAUUUGCUCUGUCUCCGCUCGAAGUCGAGGUUGCGACGCCUCCUGGCACAGUCCAGAUUCACCGGGAGCAGGAAGAUGCAGGCCAUGUGAUUGUUAGUGGGCAUUUGACGGAUGAUCCUCGAGAUCCUCUGAAUUUGCCGACAUGGCAUAAAAUCGCUGCUCUGAGCGUUGCCUCGCUGUAUGCCUUCACGGCGAAUUACACAAGUGGUGUUAUAGCGCCUGCGUUUCAGCUCUGGCCCAUGAUCUUUCCGAAAGAUCCGAGAACAUUCUCUCAGCUCUCCAAGUUGAUUGCGGUCAACAUCCUCUUCAUCGGUGUGGCCAACAUCUGGUGGGUUCCCAUGUCCAACUCGUUGGGACGACGGCCUGUUCUCAUCAUCGCCACGGCCAUACUCACGUUCUGCACUCUGUGGUGUGCACUCGCGACAUCGUAUGAUUCCCUCAUCGCUGCUAGGAUCUUCCAGGGCAUUGGAGGUGCGGCCGCGGAUACUGUUGCCCCGGCGCUUAUCGGAGAUAUGUUUCCUAUUCAUCAGCGUGGACGAGCCAUGGCCGUCUACACCAUCAUGCUCGUCGUCGGACCUCUCACAGGUGGCAUCACAGGAGGAUACAUCGUCUACCAACAAGGCUGGAAGGCCAUCUUCUGGGUCUGUCUCGCCCUAUCCGCGGCAUGCCUCGUCGGCGUCAUCUUCUUCGUCCCCGAGACCCUGUAUAUCCGAAGCGCACCCGUCGAAGGCGUAACAGACCCCGAGACCGAGAAGAAUGCGCAGUAUGGCAAAAAUGAGCACGUUGAGGACAAGCAGUCUGUCCACGGGGGUGAUCAGCACAUCACGUACUCCGCCUACGGCUACGUCCAGUCUUUGGGCUUCAGCAAGCCUCGGGGCAGUCUUCUGAAGCAGUUCAUCCAGCCUUGGAAGACCCUUGCCUUCCCUGGUACUUGGGUGGUGAUGCUUCACUACGCUGGGCUUGUUGGCGGUAUCGUGACUAUUUCGACCAUUGGACCUUCGAUUAUGGCGAGCCCGCCUUAUCUUUGGAAGGCUAACGCUGGACUCAUCAACGUUGGUGCUGUCAUUGGCGGCGUUAUCGGCUACGUGUAUACGCACAUGCUUGCUGAUGGAAGACUUGUGAACAAGGCCAGCAAGACACGAAACGGAGUGGCCGAGUCUGAGGACCGAUUGCCAACUCUCUUCUUCCCUCUGUUCAUCGCUACCUGUGGCUUUUUGGUGUUUGGAUUCUGUGCCAAGAACCCUGGUGGACAUACCUGGGUUGGACUCCAAGUUGGCUAUGGCAUGGUCAGUUUUGGUCUGAUGCAGGUUCCAUCAGUUGGAUUCAACUAUUUGAUCGACUCUUAUCAUUCCCUGGCAGCAGAUUGCUUCACCAUGGUCACGAUUCUGCGAGCCAUCAUCGCCUUUGCCUGGACGUUCUUUGUGGCUGAUUGGGUUCAAAAGAGCGGAGCCGCAGAGCCUUUUGGAAUCUUUGGAAUGUUGAUGGGUAUCUUUUCUCUGCUGACUGUUCCUCUUUGGAUGUAUGGAAAGCGUAUGAGGAUUGCUACAGCAGAACAGGUUCUACGAUGGCAGGGUUACUAG